AUGAAGCUGAAUCCUAGUAAAUGUGCUUUCGGAGUAUCAUCAGGGAAAUUCCUUGGCUUUAUGGUCUCCCACAGGGGAAUUGAAGUGAAUCCUGAUAAAAUUCAAGCAAUACUGGACAUGAAGCCUCCGCAGAGUACCAAGGAGAUCCAAUCUCUUACUGGACGAGUCGCUGCACUCAACAGGCAUGCCAUAAAAGCUCAAGCAUUAGCAGAUUUCAUUGCGAAAUUUACCCCAAGUCAUGAUGAGACAGAAGGCAGUGACAGAUGGGUCGUCCAUGUGGAUGGAUCAUCUACAAAGUAUGCAGGUGGAAUUGGUGUGGUUUUACAAUCCUCAAAAGGAGACAAAUUGAGGCAUAAGGUUUGUCUACAGUACCAAGCAACUAACAAUGAAGUCGAGUAUGAAGCCCUUCUCAAAUGGCUAAAAUUGGCUAAGUCUGUGGAAGCCAAGUCUAUACUCGUCCUGGGUGAUUCUCAGUUGGUCAUGGGGCAAGUAAAUGGAAUGUACAAAGUAAAGGAGGAACGGAUGAGGAAAUACCUUAGUAGGGUGAUGCGCCUAAUGAAGAGAUUUGAAAAAACUGAAUUCGUUCAAAUCCCAAGGGAGGAAAAUGUGGAAGCUGAUACUAUAGCGAAAGAAGCCUCAGCAAAUGAAUCUGUGGACGAAUCUGAUGAAAUUCAGUACAUGCCAAGCAUAGAUAUUCCGGAAGUACAACAGGUGGAAAACAGAGGAAACUGGAUGACCUCGAUUAUAUCAUACUUGAAAUACGGACAGCUACCAGAAGAGAAAGACAAAGCAAGGAAGCUGAGGGUGAGAUCGGCUAGAUACGUACUUCUGAACGAAGUGUUAUACAAGAGGGGCUUUUCUCAACCUUAUCUUAGGUGCUUGGCUCCGGACGAAGCAAAUUAUGUACUGAGGGAAGUUCAUGAAGGAGCAUGUGGCAAUCACUCCGGAGCCAGGUCCCUUGUCUACAAGGUCGUCCGUGCAGGGUAUUACUGGCCAAAUAUGCAAGCUGAUGCUAAAACGUACGUCAAGGUCUGCGACCAAUGUCAACGAUUUAGCAACGUCCCCAGACAACCAUCAAAGUACCUCACCCCGAUGAUGGCACCGUGGCCCUUUGCACAAUGGGAACUAGACAUUUUGGGUCCCUUUCCUCAGGCCAUAAGGCAGAUGAAAUUUUUAGUUGUGGGCAUCGAUUACUUCACAAAAUGGGUGGAAGCUGAACCGUUGGCAACAAUCACACAACAAAAUGUUAAGCACUUCGUGUGGAAGAACAUUGUAUGCAAAUUCGAAGGGCCCAAGGUAUUGGUAUCUGAUAACGGACGACAAAUCACUAUUCCUCACCCGCUCAUCCUCAAGCAAAUGGCCAAGCUGAAAUGA